AGGAGUCUCCCUGUUGGCCAAAAGAAAAAAAUGAUACUCUGGAUGUUAGCCUUUCUAAUCAUAUUCUGUUUAUUGUGGAAUUGCAAAGGACUUCUAAGGAUUGCUGACAUCAAUGAUAAGUAUAUCUUCAUCACUGGGUGUGACACAGGCUUUGGAAACUUGGCAGCAAAAACUUUUGAUGAAAAAGGAUUUCAUGUUCUUGCGGCUUGUCUGACAGAAUCUGGAUCCAGAGCUCUAAAGGCAUCAACUUCUGGAAGGCUUCAAACUGUGCUUUUGGAUGUGACAGACCCAGACAAUGUAAAAAGGACAGCCCAGUGGGUGAAAGAUGAGGUUGGGGAAAAAGGUCUUUGGGGACUGAUCAAUAAUGCUGGCAUUCUCGGGGUACUGGCUCCCACCGACUGGCUGACAGUAGAACACUUCAGGGAGCCCUUUGAAGUAAAUCUGUUUGGUCUCAUUAAUGUGACGUUGAACAUGCUGCCUUUGGUCAAGAAAGCUCAAGGGAGGAUAAUCAACGUCUCCAGCAUAGGCGGUCGGCUUGCAUUCUCUGGAGGCGGCUAUACUCCAUCCAAGUAUGCAGUGGAAGGGUUCAAUGACAGCUUAAGGAGGGACAUGAAAGAAUUUGGUGUGAAAGUGUCAUGCAUCGAACCCGGAUUGUUUAAAACCGGACUGUCAGAUCCUGCAAAGGCCACUGAAAAGAAAAUGGCCGUCUGGAAUCAACUUUCACCAGACAUCAAACAACAAUAUGGAGAUGGAUACAUCGAAAAAAGUCUGACUAAAAAAGGAAAAGAUAAGCUUUUUCAGAACAUAGACCUGUCACUGGUGGUAAAGUGCAUGGACCAUGCCUUAACAAGCCUCUUUCCUCAAACUCAUUACAUCGCUGGUGUAGAUGCCAAGACUUUUUGGAUUCCCUUGUCUCUUAUGCCAGCAGUGUUGCAAGAUUUUCUGUUGCAGAAACAUAAAGUAAAACUGGCUGAUCCAAAGGCAGUAUGAUUCAGUCAACCUGAAUUGCUUAGUUCCUGAG